AUGAAGGACAUUCUAAGUCAUAAGAAGGAUUGGAAAGAGACACAAACAGUCUUCCCCACCGAGGAGCACAGUGCAAUCAUUCAGAACAGUUUACCAAAAAAGCUUAAAGAUCCUAGAAGCUUUAUGAUACCAUGCACUCUAGGUGAUGCUUGUACAAGGACAGCUCUAUGUAACCUUGGAGCAAGCAUCAACCUAAUACCUGCUUCACUAAUAAAAAAGCUUAGCUUGAGUAAUGAAGUCAAACCAACCCACAUGUGCCUUCAACUUGCUGAUGGUUCUAUUAAGAUACCAUCAACAGUAGUUGAAGACAUGAUUGUCAGGGUUGGACCCUUUGCCUUUCCCACUGUCUUUGUGGUAUUGGACAUGGAGGGGCACAAGAGUGCAUCCCUUAUCUUAGGAAGACCUUUCCUAGUUACAGGACGGACACUCAUUGAUGUUGAAAAAGGGAAAGUAACCCUAAGAGUCAAUGAGGAAAAGUUCAUCCUAAAUGCCGUCAAAGCUAUGUAG